GCGAGCAGCGGCCGGAGCCCUGGGAGGACGCGGCGGCUCCGAGGGGCCCUGGCGGCGGGAGCUGGAGGGUGCCAGUGGCCGUGGCCGUCUUCGCCGCCGCGUCCCUCGCCUACCUGGGGCCCGGCUGCUGGCAGGAGGCAGGAGGCACGGGGCCGUGCGCCGCCCUGCUCAGCCUUGUCCUGUACCUGGGCUGCGCCUCGGCCGCCUUCCUGUUGGGGACCCUGUUCUCCCUCGUCUGCCGGAGCCGGCGAGCCCCGCCGCCUGACUUCGCCGCCACCUGGGAGCAGCUGGCCGCGGCCGCCUGCCGCCGGCCGGGGAGUCCUGUUUAUGGAAACUCACAGGAGACAGUUCAGUCUAGAAGGGUAGUAAUUUCUCAUAAUAUGGAUAAAGCUCUGAAAGAAGUGUUUGACUACAGUUAUAGAGAUUACAUUCUGUCCUGGUAUGGGAACCUCAGCAAAGAUGAGGGACAACUUUACAACCUGCUCUUGGAAGAUUUUUGGGAAAUCGCCAAACAGCUGCACCACAGACUGAGCCACGUGGAUGUGGUUAAAGUCGUCUGCAAUGACGUCGUCAGAACCUUGCUCACUCACUUCUGUGACCUGAAAGCGGCGAAUGCCAGACAAGAAGACCAGCCGCGGCCUUUUGUGUUGCAUUCAUGCUUGAGGAACUCGGCUGAAGAAAUCAGAUUCCUACAGACGUGUUCUCGGGUUCUGGUGUUUUGUCUUCUCCCCUCCAGAGAUGUCCAGUCUCUCAGCUUGCGUGUAAUGCUCGCAGAAAUUCUCACGACAAAAGUGCUGAAGCCCGCGGUGGCCUUGCUCAGUAACCCUGACUACAUUAACCAGAUGCUACUUGCCCAGCUGGAGCACAGAGAGCAGAUGAGCGAACAUCACAAGAGAGCCUACACCUAUGCUCCCUCCUACGAGGAGUUCAUCAAGCUCAUCAACAGCAACUCGGAUGUGGAGUUCCUGAAGCAACUCAGGUAUCAAAUUGUAGUGGAAAUAAUCCAGGCAACUACAAUUAGCAGCUUUCCCCAGCUGAAGAGGCACAAGGGUAAAGAAACUGCUGCAAUGAAAGCUGACCUCCUGAGGGCCAGGAAUAUGAAAAGGUACAUUAACCAACUGACUGUGGCAAAGAAGCAGUGCGAGAAGAGAAUCAGAACCCUGGGAGGCCCUGCCUAUGACCAGCAAGAGGACGGGGCCUUGGAGGAGGGGGAAGGGCCUCAAAGCCAGAAGAUUCUUCAAUUUGAAGAUAUCUUGGCCAGUCCCUUCUACCGAGAGCACUUUGGGACAUACAUGGAGAGGACGGACAAGAAAGCGCUGAUUAGCUUCUGGGAGUCUGUGGAAUAUUUAAAGAAUGCUAACAAGAAUGAAAUCCCACAAUUAGUUGGUGAAAUUUAUCAGAAUUUCUUUGUGGAGAGCAAAGAAAUAUCUGUGGAAAAAUCACUGUACAAAGAGAUCCAGCAGUGUCUUGUAGGAAAUAAAGGUAUUGAAGUGUUCUGCAAAAUCCAGGGAGAUGUUUAUGAGAUCCUAAAGGACAGGUAUUACCCUUCAUUUAUUGUCAGUGACCUGUAUGAGAAGUUGAUGAUAACAGAGGAAGAAAAACAUGCCUCACAGUUGAUUUCUAACAAGGAUGACGUGGGCCUGGGAGGUGAGGCUGGUGAGGAAGCGGUGGAUGAAGGCACCAGUCAGAUUAAUGAACAAGCCAGUUUUGCUGUAAACAAACUACGAGAACUAAAUGAGAAACUUGAAUACAAAAGGCAAGCUCUAAAUUCUAUUCAAAAUGCACCAAAACCUGACAAGAAGAUUGUCUCCAAGUUGAAGGAGGAGAUCCUCCUGGCGGAGAAGGAGUGCGCAGACCUCAAGCUGCACGUGGCCAGAACAGACUGGUGGUGCGAGAACCUGGGCCUGUGGAGAGCCUCCAUCACCGGCGGGCAGGUUACAGAAGAGAAUGGUGAACAAAUGCCCAGCUACUUUGUCAUGGUGAGCCUACAGGAUGUUGAAGGAGUUGAAACUAAGAACUGGACAGUGCCCAGAAGGCUCAGUGAGUUUCAGAAUUUGCACCGGAAACUUAGUGAGUGCUUCCCUUCUUUAAAAAAAGUCCAGCUGCCUUCUCUCAGCAAACUGCCUUUCAAAUCUAUAGAUCAAAAGUUUAUGGAAAAGUCAAAGAAUCAGCUAAAUAAGUUUUUACAGAGCCUGCUUUCGGAUGAGAGGCUGUCUCAGAGCGAAGCGCUUUAUGCCUUUCUGAGCCCUUCUCCUGACUACCUCAAGGUCACUGACGUGCAGGGGAAAAAACCCACUUUUUCAUUAUCCUCAUUUUUGGAAAGACUUCCUCGCGACUUCUUCUCCCAUCAGGAGGAGGAGAUAGAGGAGGACAGCGACCUGUCAGAUUACGGUGACGAUGUGGACGGGAGGAAAGACUCCUUGGCUGAGCCAUGUUUCAUGUUGAUUGGGGAGAUUUUUGAACUUCGAGGAAUGUUUAAAUGGGUGAGAAGAACAUUAAUUGCUCUCGUUCAGGUCACUUUUGGAAGGACCAUCAACAAACAAAUUCGGGACACAGUGAACUGGAUUUUCAGUGAGCAAAUGCUGGUUUACUACAUCAACGUUUUCCGGGAUGCAUUUUGGCCUCAUGGGAAAUUGGCACCACCAACCAAAAUCAGAAGCAAAGAACAAAGUCAGGAAACGAAGCAGAGGGCGCAGCAGAAGCUACUUGAGAACAUUCCAGAUAUGCUUCAGAGCCUUGUUGGACAGCAAAAUGCCCGUCACGGUAUAAUAAAAAUAUUCAAUGCGCUGCAAGAAACAAGAGCCAAUAAGCAUCUGUUAUAUGUGCUGAUGGAACUGCUGCUGAUUGAACUGUGUCCUGAGCUGAGAGCUCACGCGGACCCAACGAGAGUGGGUCAGGUUUGAGUCUGCACAAAUAAACCACCGAGAAAUGUCUGAUAAUAGACAUGCUACAUUUCCUCUUUUCCGCAGAGGGCUUGACUGAGAACAAUGUGGAUUUUAUUUUAGUUACCUCCCUCUAGUUUUAUGGGAAGUCAGCAGAAUGGAUUGAUGCUGUCGCAGGCAACAGAGAAAACCACUUCUGUUAAUUAUUGGUUUUUAUUUUCAUAAGAAUAUAAAUACUUUAAAGUUCAACAUACUGACUGAAAUAUAAAUGUUAAUAUGUGGUAAGAACCAAGGAAAUAUUACAAAUAUUUAUGGAAAGCUUUGUUUUGAAAUGAAGAACUGUAAAUUACUGUACAGAUGAUGUCCUCACUGAGGAUUUUGAACAUUCCUAUAUUCAUGUGUAUUGAAGAACAUUGUUGUGCAAUGCUUUAUGUAAAGUUAUUGUGAAAAAUCUGUCUUUAUUUUUACCAAAGAUUUCCCAUAGUUUGAAGCAUUUGAAGCAAUAAAAUAUAAAAACGAAUC